AUGGAGGAGGCUUUGAGUGCGGUGGACCACGUAAUCACUGCAGAGAUGAAGUCUCGGUUAACCAAGGAAGUGACAGACGAUGAAAUUAAAUUUGCGGCGUUCCAAUUAGGAUCGCUUAAAGCUCUUGGACCAGAUGGGUAUCCCAGUUUUUUUUACCACCAAUAUUGGGAUGUAAUCGGGGCGGAUGUGUGUACGGCGGUUCGGAGUUUUUUUGCGAAUGGAGUCCUACUGAAGGAGUUAAACCACACUAACUUGGUCUUAAUCCCGAAGAUCAUCACCAAAAUCCUGGCUAGUCGCUUGAAAGAAGUAUUGGCAGCAAUUAUUUCUCCAAAUCAAUCAGCUUUUGUUCCCGGAAGAAUGAUCCAAGACAACAUUUUGGUGGCCCAUGAAGCCUUUCAUUAUCUUAAGUUGCACAAAAGGGGUACACAAGCGGACAUGGCCACUAAACUUGAUUUCAACAAAGCCUACGAUUGGGUUCAAUGGGAUUUCCUGGAAGCAAUUUUGCAAAGGAUGGGCUUUCAUGAGAUUUGGAUUAAUUGGGUUAUGUAA